AUGCCGCCUAAGCAAGCCACCGACCCGACUACCCAGCCUACCCCAACUGGAAUCGCCAUCAUUCGUGCCGUCAUGUGUUCACUCCCAGAAUUCAAGCCUGACUGGCAAAUCGUCCAAGAUCAAUUCGGUGUAGCAAAAGGCAGAGGCAACGGCAGUCCCCGUGCUUUUCGUAAGGCCAUUGAACCACUGGGUCUCACCUUCGAGGACGGAAAAGUCUUCCCAGUCGAUGCCAGCAAAGGUGCCGCAGCUUAUGCGCCGUUGAUUGACAUCAAGGGCACCAAUGGCAAACGCAAGUCUACAGACAGCCACGCCAAGGAAGCUAAAGGCGACGAGGGCGCGAACAAAGCGAAGAAGGCGAAGAAGAAUGACACUGCCGUCAAGUCCGAGGUCAAGGAUGAGAAGGUGGAUGAGUGA